AUGGACUUACGUGGCAAUUUGAAUCGUUUUCUAAUAUUUUAUUUCGAUGGUUGGAAGGUUUUUUGGGAUCCUCACCUGGAGUCUAGGCAUUCGCCAGUAUACUUUUGGAGGGAACAGAUGAAAGCAAUGUGUUUAUACACAACAUCCGAGGAAAGACUAUUGCCCUAUCGAUCUGUUUGGCACACUUUGGUGAUUAUCCAAGCUUCCGUGUUAUUUGGAUCAAUGUGCUACGGCGUAACUGAAUCGAUAGGAGACAGUGUUCAAAUCGGUCGGGAUCUGGCUUUCAUCAUUGGGAUAUUUUUUAUCGUUUUUAAGAUGUACUACUUUAUUUGGUACGGCGAUUCCCUUGACGAGGUGGUCGAUGAUCUGGAGGCCUUUCAUCCUUGGGCCCAGAAGGGUCCUAAUACAGUAGAUUAUCGAACUGGCAAGCGCUGGUACUUCUUGAUGGCCUUUGUUAUAUCGACAUCUUGGGCCUUCUUCCUGUGUAUUUUUCUGCUACUACUAAUAACAUCACCCAUGUGGGUCCAGCAUCAGAAUCUUCCCCUUCACGCGGCUUUUCCCUUUCAAUGGCACGACAGGUCAAAACACCCCAUCAUCCACGCCGUAUUCUAUUUGUUUCAGAGUUACUUUGGGGUAUAUGCCCUUACUUGGCUUUUGUGCAUGGAGGGAUUAUCUGUAUCCGCAUACGUGGAAGUAACUUUUGCCACCGAAGUUUUAUGCCUCGAACUUCGCACCCUUAAUCGGAGAUGCAAUGGAAUCGAACAACUUCGAAUUGAGAUGAAUCGCUUGAUCAGGUUUCAUCAGAAGAUUGUUGAAAUUUUAGAUCGGUUAAACAGCGUUUUUCAUGGGACCCUUAUCAUGCAGAUGUGCGUUAACUUUUCCUUGGUCUCCCUAUCUGUGUUAGAGGCCAUGGAGGCCCGAAAAGACCCCAAGGUUGUGGCCCAAUUUGCCGUUCUCAUGCUGCUCGCUUUGGGCCAUCUGUCCAUGUGGUCAUAUUUUGGAGAUUUGCUAUCCCAUAGCUCGUUGAAAAUCUCGGAAGCUGCUUAUGAGGCAUAUGACCCGGCUAAGGGAUCCAAAGAGGUUUAUAGGGAUCUCUGCCUAAUUAUUCGACGUGCUCAGGAGCCUCUGAUCAUGAGAGCCAGCCCCUUCCCUUCAUUUAAUUUUAUAAACUACGCCGCUAUACUCAAUCAAUGCUACGGAAUACUCACAUUUUUAUUAAAAACUGUGGACUAA